AUUUAUACUCAACAUCUCACAGCUCUCGUAUGCUGAGUGCCAUUAAACUACAAGAACAAAAACAGAAUUAUUUUUUAACUUUGAUCAAAGAUAAUGCAAUAUUUGUUCAUUUUAAACUGGAUUGAUAGCUCAGUCGGUUUCAGCGUGUGCGGUUACCAUCAGGAGGUUACAAAAUCAAAUGUUAUGGCUGCAAUCCAGGGACAAGGAGAUCAGAAGGAAGAACGCAAGAGGAAAGAAAGUAUCCUCGACUUAUCCAAGUAUCUGGAAAAAAAUAUUCGUGUUAAGUUUGCAGGAGGUCGAGAAGCAGCAGGCAUUCUCAAGGGUUAUGACCCACUCUUGAAUCUUGUGCUUGAUAAUACCACUGAAGUUCUUAGGGACCCUGAUGAUCCAUAUAAACUGACAGAAGACACCCGAAUGCUAGGACUGGUAGUUUGUCGAGGCACUUCUGUGGUGCUCAUAUGUCCUGUAGAUGGAAUGGAAAGCAUUCCAAAUCCUUUUGUUCAGCAAGAUGGUUGAAGUGAAAAUGUGAUCAGUGCAAGUUAGGGUGCAUGCUGAAUGAAGACUGUGUUAUGUUCUAAAAUGAUAAUACAUCCAUAAGUACUUUUAAAAACUUUAUACAAAUAUGUGUAAAAUGAAAGAAAUGGUUCUGUGUUUUGUUUGUAUGUUGGUUGUAUUAGGAAAAGAACUCCCCCCCCCAGUGAGGGCUGCAUUGGUAUUCAGAGUAAGUUGCUUGCCAUCAGUCUAAUUUUGAUUCAGAAUAAAAUAAUGCUAAGUUGUAAUUGUCAGAUGGUUAGCUGUAGAACUUUAUAUAGCAUUUUGCUGAUGCAUGUAAUCAUAAUUUUUUUGUCUUUCUAUUCAACUAUUAUACAUGCAGAAGUAUCUUGUUUAGUACGGGAUUAAUUUUGUCCUUUGUCAUUCUCAAUAAUUUUACCAAAGAUGUUAAUGGAAGGGAGUGACAUGAAAUUUAUUGUGAGAACUGCCAUUGAACCUCCUGCUAAUGGCCCAGUACUUCAACCAAAGUGAGCAAUAGCAUGAUAUUGUAAGGAUGGCCAUGUCGUCAAAGUAAACUUGCCAUAACACAAGUUUAUGUGCUACUUGUGAACUGGUCAAUUUGUCUGUCUCUUUACAUGAACUAUAGCUGCAUUCUGUUAGUAAUAUUAAUUUUGUCUUGAAGGAGUAAGGAAACAGCUUUUGCUAGACAUGACAUGAAGAGGUUAUGAUACAUUUGACAGGCAGUGUUUUGUACUGUUAUGUGAAUAGUUUGCUAAUAAAAACUUAAGAUUGGAAACGUAAA